GCUUGCAGAUUGAAGCUAAAAUAAUCAAAGACAAAUACCAAACACAACAACAAAUUUUCCAGACGAUUUGAAUUUGAUCAUCUCUAAUAAACUUCGUCGCAGAGAAUAUGGACAAAUUGAAGAUAGCAGAAUGGGGAGAGAAGCUGAAGACUGGUGGAGCUCAGAUGAGCAGAAUGGUGAGUGAGAAAGUGAAAGAUAUGCUUCAAGCUCCAACCUUGGAAUCCAAAAUGGUGGAUGAAGCUACUUUAGAGACUUUAGAGGAGCCUAAUUGGGGAAUGAACAUGAGGAUUUGUGCUCAGAUUAACAACGAUGAGUUUAACGGCACUGAGAUUGUUAGAGCUAUCAAGAGGAAGAUCUCAGGUAAGAGCCCUGUGAGCCAAAGGCUGAGCCUUGAGCUUUUAGAGGCUUGUGCUAUGAAUUGCGAGAAGGUUUUCUCUGAAGUUGCUUCUGAGAAAGUUCUUGAUGAGAUGGUUUGGUUAAUCAAGAACGGAGAAGCUGAUUCCGAGAACAGAAAGCGAGCUUUUCAGCUUAUUAGAGCUUGGGGACAAUCCCAAGAUCUUACUUAUCUUCCUGUUUUCCACCAGACUUAUAUGAGCUUGGAAGGCGAAAAUGGAUUACACGCUCGAGGUGAAGAGAAUUCAAUGCCGGGACAAAGUUCUCUGGAGUCUCUUAUGCAACGGCCUGUUCCAGUGCCUCCACCUGGUAGCUAUCCGGUUCCUAAUCAAGAACAGGCUCUUGGGGACGAUGAUGGUCUUGACUAUAACUUUGGGAACUUAUCGAUAAAGGAUAAGAAAGAACAGAUUGAGAUUACACGGAACAGCCUCGAAUUGCUCUCUAGCAUGUUGAAUACUGAAGGAAAGCCAAAUCACACAGAGGUAGUUGCUACGUUGUCUGCUCAUCUAACUUUUGUCAUUUUCCUUAACAAAUGUCUAUGGAAUAUGGAUUGAGUUAUGAGUAUCUCCUGGUUUACAUUAUUGUUUCCUUGGAUAUAUGUGCUUAAAGUGAAAUUGACAGGACAGUGAUAAGUAAUAGGUUUAUAUAUAUUAUGGUUACAGGACGAUCUAACGGUUAGCCUGAUGGAGAAAUGCAAGCAAUCGCAGCCAUUGAUUCAAAUGAUCAUAGAGAGUACAACAGACGACGAGGGAGUCCUGUUCGAGGCUCUGCAUCUGAAUGAUGAGCUCCAACAAGUUUUAUCUAGUUACAAGAAGCCUGAUGAAACCGAAAAGAAAGCCUCCAUUGUGGAACAAGAAUCAUCAGGAAGCAAAGAUACUGGUCCGAAACCAACAGAACAAGAAGAACAAGAGCCUGUAAAGAAAACGGGUGCUGAUGAUGACAAAAAACAUUCAGAAGCAUCAGGAUCCUCCAACAAAACCGUCAAAGAAGAGAAGCAGGCCGUGAAAAUAGAACUGGGGCUUUCGAGUGAUGAAGAUGAAAAAUAAGCAGUCUGUGUUUGUUGUCUUCUUCCGACAUGGAUAUCAGAAUGUUGCGAAGAGUUGUUCUUGAUGGUUUACUUUUAAAUUAUAACAAUGUACUUCCAUUAUAAGUGUGGAACCUUUUUAGCUUCGUUUCUCACUUUCUGUUUUAAAGUGGUUUCUUAGACAUUGUUAAACCGUAGGUGAAUCUUCACCCGAAACAUUUAUACGAGGUGUUUUGGUUUGCAC